AUGCUAGUUGGAGGUACAAUCUGCAUACCGUCUGAGAGCGAUAGGACCAGUGAUUUAGUGAAGUCAAUCAAUGAGCUUCAAGCAAAUGCUGCCGAUCUCACACCAUCACUUGCCAAUAUUUUGACCCCACAAGAUAUUCCAUCAUUGAAGGUCAUGAUCCUCGGCGGUGAAGCUAUGACAGCUACUAUUGUACGCAAAUGGGUACCUCAUCUGACUUUGAUUAACACCUAUGGACCAGCGGAGUGUUGUAUUGUGAGCACAACAGCAGCCCCGGCAAAAGGCGGUUUGGACCAUGAAAAUAUUGGUCGUACAACGUGCGGUCAUUCUUGGAUUGUCGAUCCAGAGGACCCAGAUAAGCUGUUGCCAGUUGGGGCCGUCGGGGAACUCCUAAUGGAAGGCCCUCUUGUUGGACGCGGAUAUCUUAAUGAACCAGAAAAAAAAGCUGCCGUGUUUCUAGAAAGGACAUCAUGGGCACCGAACGGCUCUAGAAUCUAUAAAACAGGCGAUCUGGCUCGCUAUCGAGAAGACGGUAACAUUAUGUUUAUUGGCCGUAAAGACAAUCAAAUAAAAAUCCACGGCCAGCGUGUUGAGAUUGGCGAAAUCGAGAGCUCGAUCGAAUCGAUGGAGAAUGUUUCGGGAGCCGCAGUCGAGUUUGUCAACAACUCUCAUCUCCAGCAAACCUUAGUCGCAUUUAUUGCUUUACAUGAUCCACAAGCAGACCGAACGCUGGAUGAAGAGAUUUCGCUAACAUUGCUAGACAGCCUUUCCCAAAUCAAGAAGAAACUGGAAGAAUCAUUACCAAGAUACAUGGUUCCAUCACUUUUCAUACCUCUUCCAGUUCUACCGAUUACAAUAACUGGAAAGCUGGAUAGAAAAGGACUCCGAAAACUAAUCGAUAACCUGACAAAAGCUGAUCUUGUACGCUAUAGACUGGUUCAAGAAACCUUUAACGCCAAAGAUAGCCUGAAAAACGACGCGCAAAUCGCUCUUCGACUGGCCUGGGGUGAAGUUCUUCAAGCUCCCUUAGAGACCAUUUCAUUAAGAUCACAUUUCUUUGGCCUUGGGGGUGACUCCCUUUCGGCGAUGGCACUUGCAAAUUCUGCCCGCCGUCACGGUCUUCUGUUAACAAUACCUCAUAUAUUUCAAACCCCGAUACUAGAAGAAAUGUCCAUUGUUGCAACAGCAAUGACCGAUAGAUCCGAUUCGAGUUCAUAUGACGAACCUUUCUCGUUGCUCCCUAAAUCGAUUUCAGCCCAGUCUAUAUUGGAAACCGGAGAUCUACAGCUACCCCAACACAGUAUAGAAGACAUAUAUCCUUGUACACCACUACAAGAAGGCUUCAUACUGUCAUCUGCAAAAGUUUCAGAGGCAUACUGUGCUCAGCAUGUGUAUAAGGUGUCGCCAAUAGUCGACACACAAACAUUUCGAACGGCAUGGAUGAAUCUGGUCGACGAGAACGCAAUCCUUCGAACUCGAAUUUUAUUUUUGAAUGGCACUGGCUCAGUGCAAGUUAUUGUCAGAGACCCGGAAUCAUUAUCGCUAGUGACGCAUAGAACAGGAUUGUACGACUACCUGCGCCAGGAUCGUGCAAAACCAUUCACAUAUGGAACCAACUUGUCACGAUUCGCAUUAGUUAUAGAGGAGGCCCUCGGCGAGCGUUAUUUUGUUCUUAGUGCACAUCAUGCAAGUUUCGACGCUGUGAGCAUGGAAUUGCUUCUCCAAAGAUUCUCUGAAAUCUAUAGUGAAUUAUCUUAUCAGCCAAGAAACCCACCGUCAUUCAAGCGAUUCAUCUCACAUCUGGAAAAUAUGGAUACAGAGUCUUGCAGGAAUUUUUGGACAUCCCAGAUGAAAGGGAAUCCAUCAACUGAAUUUCUGAGGCCGGCAGGCACCGGUCCAUCCAAUCAAAAGAGAAAUAUUAUUAGCCACGAAAUUUCUCUUGACAGUUUACGGUUUGUUAAAGAGAAUCGAAGGUGGACAUUGGAAACUGUUGUUAGAGCUUCCUGGGCGCUCGUUAUUGCUCAGUACUCUGAAGCUGAUGAUGUUCUUUUUGGGGCAACACUUUCUGGACGAACUGCUCCAGUUGAUGGAAUUUCUGAGAUUGUUGCUCCUACUAUGGCCACCGUUCCUGUACGCAUUGCUGUUGAUAAAGGGCUGUCAGUAGAACAAUUCCUAGAUCAGAUACAACGGCAGGCUGUUGAUAUGAUCCCUUACGAACACUAUGGCCUUCAGAAGAUCCAACAACUCGAACCACAUGCUACAACAUUCAAUACCAUAUUGGACAUCCAACAUAAAACAUCCAGAAGAAGCAAACCUUGGGAUGAUAUUAUGAGUCCAUGCAAGAUAACAGCGUCAAGCGAACAAGCAGAAGCGUACCAUGUGCAGUCAUGCAUAAUGGAAUGUUGGAUUAGCCAAAAUUUCCUCGAGCUAAGAGCAAAUUAUGAUCAUUCAGUGGUAUCACAGUGGGAGAUACAAAAUAUUUUGCGCUGUUUUGGAAACAUUGUGCAACAAUUAUGUUAUGGUGGUGACAAGAAGGCGUGUCUCAUUUCCAAUAUAAGUCUAUGCGAUACUGAAAGCUUCAAUCAAAUCAUGGAAUGGAAUACCAGCAAGCCAACGACAACAGAGUCUAUGAUUCACGACCUUGUUAUUCGGACUGCUUCGAAAAAUCCCACGGCCAUGGCAGUUGAGUCUUGGGAUGGUGGUUUGACCUUUGAGGAGCUUGAUAAACUGACAAAAAGACUUGCCAUUCACUUAGGCAACCUUGGUACCGACUUCCUCGGAAAUCUUAUCAUUCCGAUAUGCUUUGAUAAAUCUAUAUUUGCGGUGGUCUCUAUGCUCGCCAUAUUGAGAGUCGGUGGAACGUACGUUCCUCUAGACCCGACAUAUCCAGCUUCAAGGCUCUGUGGAAUGAUUGAUCAAGUUCAUGCUAGUUUUGUUAUAACCAGCUCCAAGUAUCAUCCACAGUUUGAAGGCCAAGUCGAGAACAUCAUAGUGCUUGACAAUACCUUGCUAGAAAAGUUACAGCAUAUCCAAGGCGAUUUUCCGUUUUCCAAUCCAACAGUCGCGAUACGGGAACCAAGUCCUGGGGAUCAAGCGAUGAUUAUAUUCACAUCCGGUAGCAGUGGGAAACCCAAGGGUGUUGUUAUUACACACGAGUCGUUUUGUACUCUUGCAGUUGGUUUAGGGAAAACCCUCAAUCUGUCCGAAAGCAGCCGUGUACUGCAAUUUGCAGCAUAUGCCUUCGACGUCUCAAAUGCCGAAAUCUUCAUGCCUUUGAUACAUGGUGGCUGUGUGUGUAUUCCCUCUCCCGAAGAGCGAAUCAAUGACUUGGCUGGAAUCAUCAAUCGUAAAAAGGUUAAUUGGUUGUACCUCACUCCGACAGCAACAACUCUUCUGAAGGGCUCUGAAGAGGUACUGACAGUGAGAACACUUCUUCUUGGUGGAGAAGCCGCUAGGAGUGAUAUUAUCCGCACUUGGGCAUCAAGUGUGGAACUAAUCAAUACUUAUGGGCCUGCUGAGGGCACAAUAUGGCCAUCAGUCGCUCUUUUUCCUCCGGGAUCCUCGCCGCUCAAUAUCGGUCAAGGAAAUAAUUGCCACAUGUGGCUUGUUGAUCCUGAGAAUCAUCAUCGACUAGUUCCUAUUGGUGCUGUUGGAGAGAUUCUUCUCGAGGGUCCUCUCUUAGCUCACGGAUACUUCGAAGACGAAACCAAAACACAAGCAGCAUUCAUUCAUGAUCUGAAAUGGGCCAGAUCGUACGGAAAUCCCCGGCGGUUCUACAAGACCAGUGACCUUGCUCGUUAUAAUCAUGACGGUACAAUGAGCUUUUGUGGUCGGAUUGGCACAAUGGUCAAACUAAGAGGACAGAGACUAGAGCUUGGAGAGGUAGAAAGCUAUAUCAAGCGCUGUGUAUCUCAUACAAGUCAUGUUUGUGUCGAACUAAUGAAGAAGCCAAACAAUGUUGACAAACUAGUCGCGUUUGUCACCAUCGACCAGGAAGAGAAAAAUGAAAUUUCACCAUUGCUAUCGAUCGGUGAAAUUGGAAUCACGUCAGGGGCCCAGUCUCGGGAAAUAUUCGAUCAAGUACAGAAAUUUCUCCGGUCUCAUUUGCCGCAAUUUAUGCAUCCUUCUAUUUAUGUACCUCUUAAAACAAUGCCGAGGACAGCAAGUGGCAAGACGGACAGGAAGAUUUUGCGAGAGUGGUAUAAACAGGUUGAUGCUGCACUUAUUGAAUCAUUAUCUUCCACAGAAACCAUCAAGAUGGCUCCACAGACACCAAAGGAAGUUCAUCUACGUGAACUAUGGUCACAAGUACUUAAUCGAGACGAGAGUAAAAUCGGAAGGGAUGAUGAUUUUUUCCAAAUUGGUGGUGACUCUCUGUCGGCAAUGCGCUUGGCUGCAACUUCCCGGGACCUUGGCCUCUCCCUGUCUGUCACGGAUGUGUUUUUGAAACGCAGGCUUUCUGAACUAGCAGCGUGUCUUGGUGAUAUCCAUGGAAACAUGCCUAGUACUCUUGAGCCUUUUGAGCUUCUAGGCUCCAGCAAGCACAUUCAACGUUUCUUUAAGCGUUCUUCGCCCCUAUGGGACAUACAUAACCUGAAAAAUGCAUAUCCUUGUACGCCUCUCCAGGAAGGGCUGAUUUCUCUGUCAAACAAGAGUCAAGAUGCCUACAUCGCUAACCACACGUUCCGUCUACCACCGGGGGUCGACAUGGCUCGCUUCAAAAGUGCAUGGCAAUCAACUGUCCAUGGUUUUGAUAUUCUACGAACAAGAAUCGUAUCUGAUCCGGAGUAUGGGUUCCUUCAGUUAGUUCUCCACAAUGAGAAGAUUGAUUGGAUUUCCCUUGGUUCUCUCGAAGACUUUCCUACUGGAAAGGCCGAAAAUGAGACAUUAUCGCAUCUCAUAGGAGGAAGUCUUGCGACCUUUUACUUAGUUGCUCCAAAAAAUGCGGGCAAAGAAUGGACCUUUAUCCUAAGACUUCAUCAUGCUAUCUUCGAUGCUAACUCUUUAGAAUUGAUGUUGUUGUACGCCAAAGCUAGGUAUUAUUCAAAUCAGCAUAUACCCACCAUCUCUUCUUACGACAUUUUUGUUGCUCAUGUAAUUGGCUCGCGGUCCGAAACAAGCAAAGGAUUCUGGGUAAAAGAGCUAGGCUCUUUCAAUGGGUCAAAGUUCCCUGAUUCAUCAUCAGUGAUACAAGACGCAAGCCAGAUAAUGGCUACUUAUAGUCAUAAUACAUCCAUAAUACACAGCAAGGAGUCUCCCUACACAAUUACCACCAUUUUGCUUGCGGCAUGGGCAAUUGUGAUAUCUAUCCAUUCACAAUCAGAUGACGUUCUCUUCGGACAGACAUUAUCCGGGCGUGACACACCAGUGGCCGGGAUCACUGGAGUAGGCGGCCCAACAAUCGCAACUAUUCCCCGGAGAAUUCGAGUUCACACAGGUCAACUAGUUGAAAGUUUUCUGUCUACGGUACAGAAUCAGUCGGCUGAAUCACUUGUCCAUCAACACUUUGGUUUACAAAACAUCUCAUCCGCGAUUGGCUCUCGAGAAAGUUGCGAUUUUAAUAGUCUUCUUUCCAUUGAGACGGUACAUGAAAUCACCCCGAGCCAAAGUUUCCUUGAAGAAGUCCACACUACAGAUGAUAGUCGUUAUCACACCUAUCCAUUUGUCGUACAAGCCUUUCUUGAAGCAAAGACGACAUCCAGCUACUCUCUAGAAUUCUCGGCUGUUUAUGAUGAGAACCGCAUGGAUACAUGGACUGUACGCAACAUCCUCUCUCAAGUAAGUCAUGUUGCCAGUCAGUUGCAACAAACUUCACGGGCGGUUCGCGAAAUAAACGUGUGCAGUCCACCCGAAAAGGGGCAGAUGGAGGAGUGGAAUGGCAAUUUGAAAAACUCUAAUCCAGGACAACACAGCCUUAUUCAGUCUAGAAUCCUUUCAUGGGCCCAGAAAACACCUAACUCGAUCGCAAUCAGUGGCUGGGAUGCAUGUCUCACGUAUCGAGAACUGGAUAUAUUCUCGUUGAAAUUAUCGCAAAUGCUCAUAGAAAACGAUGCCUUUUCCACUGGAGCAAUUGUCGGAAUUUGCUUUGCAAAAUCCGCGUGGGUGGCUGUCGCUGCUCUUGCUGUUUUACGUACGGGGGCCAGUUGUCUUUUCAUCGAACCAAAUCACCCUCUAGAGAGACGCCUUGAAAUCAUAAAUCAAGCUUACUGUGCGAUCAUUCUCGCUGACCCUUCCAAUGCAUCAUCGGCGUUGAGGAAUUAUGCACAUGUUGUUGAAGUCACUCGGCCAGUGAUAGAGUCAAAUGGGCAUUCAUCAACUCCACCUGCAGUCAACUCUCAUCAUGACGAUACAGCGUCCGUAGUCUUUACAUCUGGAAGUACUGGAAAGCCAAAAGGAAUAUUAUUAACUCACCACUCAAUUCUCUCAUGGUUCGACAGCUUUUCUACCAAAUUAAAUAUCUCAUGCAAAACUCGAAUGCUUCAAUUUGCUUCCGCCGCAUUUGAUGCCUUCACAAUGGAAAUUUUUGCUGCUUUGCUUGCUGGUUGCUGCCUUUGCAUACCUUCUGAGCAUGACCGACUUAAUAACUUGGAUGGGUUUAUCAGGGAAAUGAACGUGACUUGGACAUUCUUUACGCCGACGGCUUUAACUUUCUUGCAACCGGACAAAGCACCGUCCCUACAGACGGUGGUUCUUGGUGGUGAGACAGUUAAGAGGCAUAACAUCGAUCAAUGGGCCCAUCGAGUUGAGCUUUUCAGUAUAUAUGGUCCAGCAGAAUGCACAAUUUGUAUCUGCAGCGUGCGAUUGCUUCCUCCCUCAAACCCAACCAAUCUUGGCCAUGCUCAUGGAAGCUCGGUUUGGAUCUCUGACAGCUCGAAUCCCGAACGUCUAGCUCCACUUGGAGCUAUUGGAGAAAUUUGUAUUCAAGCACCCCAGGUAUCUAAAGGAUAUAUUCAUGAUCCUAAGAGAACAGCCAUGAAUUUCUUGGAAAAAUCGCCUUGGUCUUCUCAGGGCUGGCAACCUAAUAUGUCCGAAUUUUCCAUGUACCGGACUGGUGACUUGGGUCGGUAUAACGCGGAUGGAACACUGACUUACAUUGGAAGGAAAGAUAAACAAGUUAAACUCCGCGGACAACGUAUUGAACUAGGAGAAGUGGAAGAUCGAAUUCGUUUGUCUAUGCAUCAACCGGUUCUUGUGGCUACAGAGGUGGUGGAAUUCGGUGGUUCGUCCCGGGGGCCCACCCUGGCUACUUUUGUUGAUAUAGGGUCCAGCCAAGAAUACGCAGGGCAACUUGCCGACAAAAAAACCCUCGAGGCCGGUAGAUGGAACGAAAAGAUGGACGACCUACAAAUUCAGCUUACAAAAACUUUACCGAGAUACAUGGUUCCAUCAGUUUACGUGAUCCUACUAUCCAUGCCAUUAACAGCAACAGGCAAGAUUGACCGCCGACAGCUGUUAGAUAUUUCAAACAGACUAGAUUAUACACAGCUCCGAGAAUUUAUGGCAUCCAGAGCUCGCCGCGUACCGACCACAAAAACAGAACUCUUGGUUCAGUCACUUUGGGCCAGCUCUUUAAAGGUUUCCCCCAGCGCUAUUAGUGCAGAUGACACUUGGGUUCAAGUGGGCGGUGACAGUAUCCAGGCUGUACAUUUCGUUACAAAGGCUAGAUCUCAUGGUCUGAAGAUGACUGUUUCGGCUCUUCUAAGCAGUUCCACACUUGCAAUUCUAGCAGAGGAAUGCGACAAGGAUGGUGUAAAUAACAAUAACACAAAACAGGAAUUGCCAGUUUAUUCACUCGAUGCCCUGUCUGAUAAUGAGAGUGUUUCGCCAGAGCUACGGAAACAGUUUGAAACGAUCUAUGAGGGAACAAGAAUAAAGUACAUAGUUGAGGCUACAGAUUUCCAGUCAGAAAUGCUCUCUGCUGGUAUGCAACGAUCUCGUGGGUGGAACAACUAUCUACGGAUGAUCCUUGGUGAUACGGCUUUGGAUGUGACCAAGGCAAAGGCUGCUUUGCAAGCCUUAGUUGCUCAUCAUGACAUUCUCCGAACUGUACUCCUGUGUCACAGAGGACAGGUUUUCCAAUGUGUGCUUGAAUCGGUGGAGGUUCAAAUUCAAACGUCGCUCCAUGUUGAUAAUUUAGAGACGGUUGCACAGGCAUGGAUUGAUGAGGAUAUCAGGCAGCCACCAACUGUUGAUCUUCCUAUUCUUAGAGCAAGCAUUGUUACAUCUUCUACAAACGAUCAUGACUGUCUUAUAUUAGGCCUGUCUCAUGCUCUUUAUGACGGCAUGUCUUUGCCCACCAUCCGCGAUGACUGGUCUUUGGCAUACCACGGCCAACAACUCAUAUCCAAUGGACCUUCCUUUGUGGUUUAUUCUCAGGAACUAAUCCGUCAAAAGAAAAGGGAAUCCCAUGAAGACAGGGCUCUGCAGUUCUGGCGUAAAGUGUUGGGCGGAUCCACCAUGACCGAAAUUGUCCACCACAGUCUUCCUCUAUACGAAUGCCCGAUUGACCAGACUCUAAGCCGAAAAAUUGCCGCACCAAAGCAAGAACUGUCACGGCAUGGUUUCACCUUUCCAACUUUACUCAAAUCAGCAUGGGCAGUUGUUCUGUCGCGGUGGUCACAGCGAAGGGAUGUUGUCUUUGGUCAUCUGGUCUCUGGUCGUGCUGGUCUAGAUGUACCUAUUGAUGGUAUAGAAACCAUUGUAGGGCCAUGCAUCAAUUUAAUACCUGUGCGAGUCAACGUCGACAAGUCGAAUACCAUCUUAGGCCUUCUGAGCUCCAUUCAUCAACAACACCUCGAUAGCCUACCUUAUGAAACUACAGGAUUCAGACAAAUAAUUCGAGAGUGCACAGAUUGGCCAAAUUGGGCACGUUUUAGCUCCAUAGUUCAACACCAAAAUAUCCAAGGUGUUGAUGACAUUCUCUCUGCUCAUCAGCCCACCGGUCUUUUCUGCCCCGAGCACGACUCCGCCGACGUGUGGAUUAUUUCUGUGCCAGAGGAUGAAGGCCGUUCCAUAAGAAUAGAUCUGAAUUACAGUCGUGACACAAUCUCAGAUCUUCUAGCAACAACUUUGGUUAACGAACUAUGCGGAAUGAUGCAACUUCUAUCACAACAAAUAUCUGAUUGUUCCAUUCCGACUCUAUCGGCCACAAUGCCGAACCUUCCUCAGAAAUUACCUCCGAAUAUAUCUGCUGAGAUGGCUGGAAUUGAACCUAGUUCUGUAUCUCAAGCCGAAACGUCUUACAAAAAGUCAGCUAUCUCCAAUGUUGAAGAAGUCGUCGAAGAGUGCUGGGAAAUUGCUGGUCUUGGAGUUGAUACCGAAGAAACAACUCCGUUCUACGACUUGAGUGGUGACCUUAUUCCGGCUCUUCAAAUGCAGUCAGUCAUCAAAGAAAAAUUGAGCCUUAUUAUAGAAGUUGAGCAGUUUGUUCGCAUGCCCACUAAGAAAGCUCAACGGGCUUUGUUGAGGAGAGAACUCGAGAAGCAGCACUUUAGUUGA